CAGCACCUUCCUACGCAUCUCCGAAGAAAACAUUGAGGAAAAGCGGCUGCUUCCUGCUGCUCACAUGUACACAACCAAGUGAUGGCUUCGGUAAAGAGAAAUGAUUCCACAAACAGUGGCCCGAAAGAAGACAAUUCAGACACCAACGACGAGGAAAACUCCGAGUUGUGUGCUGGUUUUAAAGACGUGGAUACCUUCGUGAAAUAUGGAUUGGGUGCUGUGUUAUCUGCCACGAAGGCAUCAGCCAGCUUACCUCAAGCUGGGGAUGAGUUUGAUUUUUAUCGGAGCUUCCCAGGCUUCCAGGAGUUCUGUGAAAGUCAAGGAGAUAAGCUUUUGCUUUGCAUGAGUCAGAUAAUGCAGCACCACGGCUGCAGAUCCCACAUUAAAGACCGGAACAAGCUGACAGGGGUUGAGGAGAGGUUUGACUUGGUUGUGGACUCAAACGACGCUAUACUAGAAAGAGCGGGGAUUCUUCUUGAUGAAGCCGAUGGGGUGAACAGGAGCCAGCAGCCUGUCAUGCCUGCAGGGUUUCAACCUCCCAAGAUUGUCGUUUCCAGCUGGAAUCGCAAGGGCUCGGGCUCUGGCAGUCGUUCUGAGAUGUUCCGACUGCUCCAUGCCAAGAAUGUUGCAAGGCCCCAGCUGAAAUUCAAGGAAAAAAUCGACAACAGCAACACACCAUUUAUUCCAAAGAUCUUCAUCAAGCCCAAUGCAGUGAAGCCUCUUCCUUCUUAUUUCACCAACAAACAAAUGCGUAAACAGAGACCUGAGGACCUCGAUGUCCCGGCCGCCUUGGCUGAUUUUAUUCACCAACAGAGAACUCAGGAGCACGUUGAAGACAUGUUUGCACACCCAUACCAAUAUGAGCUGAAUCAUCUUACCACUCCAGAGAGCCUUCUGUCUAAGUCAGAACCUCAGAUGUACAAACCAAUGGCUGACACCAAGUGUUCCUUCAUCGACUCACUGGAGGGUUUGGUGGCUCUAAAUGAGAAGCUUUGCACGAUGUCUGAAUUUGCAGUGGACCUUGAGCACCACUCCUACAGGAGCUUCCUCGGCCUCACCUCUCUGAUGCAGAUCUCCACAAGAGAGGAGGACUUCAUCAUUGACACCUUGGAGCUCCGCAGCGAAAUGUACAUCCUGAACGAGGCAUUCACUGACCCAGCAAUAGUCAAGGUAUUUCACGGCGCCGACUCUGACAUUGAGUGGCUCCAGAGGGACUUCGGCUUGUACGUCGUCAACCUUUUUGACACGCAUCAGGCCAGCAGAGCUCUGAACAUGGCCAGACAUUCCCUUGACCACCUGCUCAAACACUUCUGCAAUGUGGAAUCAGACAAACGCUACCAGCUGGCUGACUGGAGGAUUCGCCCCUUGCCAGAAGAGAUGGUGCAAUACGCCCGGACAGACACCCACUACCUCCUGUACAUCUACGACCGUGUGAGGGCACAGCUGUUGGACUUUAACCACGGCCAGCCCGGCCUGCUGCAGAGUGUCUGGAGCAAGAGCAAGGACAUCUCCCUGAAGAAAUAUGUGAAGCCUAUAUACACGGAGGAGUCAUAUUUGGAGCUGCAGAGGAAGCAGAAAAGGUCUUUCAACACCCAGCAGCUCACUGCCUUCAGACUGCUGUUUGCCUGGAGGGACAAGCUGGCCAGGCAGGAAGAUGAAAGCACCGGAUUUACCCUGCCCACUCACAUGAUGAUCAAGAUAUCUGAGGAGCUGCCAAAAGAGCCUCAGGGCAUCAUUGCCUGCUGUAACCCUGUGCCCCCGCUAGUGAGGCAGCAGGUCAAUGAGCUCCACUCGUUGGUGCAGGAGGCCAGAGAGACGCCUCUCCUCAAGGCUGAGGUUGCAGCUCAAAAGAAGAAGGGACUCACACCGAUAAAAAAGACUGAGGUCAUUUUGUUUGGCCCUCAUGAUACAUCCAGGGUCUCUGAGAGCGACCUCCAUCCCUUUUCUCUUGACGAACUGCCUGCGAAACAGGGGCUGCUCUUCUCGGAGGACGAGCAAAAAAUGGAUGUUGAUGAGCAGAAAACACACUGUUUAAUGGCUUCAGCUAAAAUCACAAUGUUUGAGGAGACAGAAACAAAGAUUGACGAAGAGUCCCUCCCUGUGUCUCAAAUGAAAUCCAGGCGUAUCAUUGAGUCUUUCGAAAACCCUUUCAGAAUGUAUCUUCCUUCCAGUGAUGUUCAUGUCAACAAGAAUGCCAAGUUUGAUCCCUCUUCAAAAAUAUUUGAGAUCAGUAAAAGAUGGAAGCUGCAGAGUAUUGAACAGCAGCAGAAAGAGAUGGAGGACAAGAAGAAAGCCAAGGAGGAAGCCAGGGAACAUGCAAAGAAAGCGACAGAGGAAAGAAACAAGGCGAAAAAGAGCUACCAGGAGUCUCUCCAGAACGUUGCCACGGUUCGCCAGCAAGCAGCGGAAUCUGCAAAAGGAGGGGGGCAGAAAAGAGAGAGGGUUCCCAGUGAGGUUGGAGAGUCGACUCCCAAACCCAGUAAGAAGCUGAUGAAAACUGCAGAGAAGCCCCAGAAGACAGAACCCCCUCCUGAGGAGACAUUCAAGCCCUUCGAUUACAGUCAGUCAGACCUGAAAGUCUUUGCUGGUACCAAAGGAAAGGAUAACCCACAGUUUGAUCCAAACCGGCAAGGCAAUGAGAUUAGGAGAAAGAGGGGACAAAAGGGACAGAAACCCAAUUUUGGAGCUGGAAACAGAAGUAUGUCGUACAUGGCAGGAAAAUCUGACAGGGGAUUCAGGCAUAACUGGCCCAAAAGAUAAACUCUCCUUGAUUCUGUUUUCUCACAUUCUACAACUUUUUUUUUUCAUCCCGCAGAAACAGUGUUCAUCCUUUUUUUCUUUUUUGCAAAUGGAAUUCAGUGUUUCAAUAUUUAAUGAAUUUCAAAUAUUCCUUUUCCAUCUGUGGAGCAGUUUGUUCUGUAAAUAUGUGGAAACACCAACCUCUUUAUUAAAGAUGAUUUUAGAGGAAAGAA